AUGAGGGUUCUGACAACCCUUUCUUUCGUGCGAGAACGGCGAAAUGCUCGGGGACCUGGCGCCUUUGGCUUCGCCUCGUGCCAUGAUUCGCAUCGCAAUUCAUGGAUUGAGUGGAUGGUUUACAGGACGACAGCAAGGCGGAUUUGUGUUGCCGCCGUGUCGUCUCGAUCUUGCGGAAAGCCCGGACAGCGCCUGACCCCAUCUACCCGCCUCUCCUCCAUCUCUCGUCGAUUCAUCACUGCUUACGUUCAAAGGAGACAUCGCAUACACGGCCCCUUCCUCCGAUCCUCCGCCCCAUUGUACGUCCGUCGGUGCUUCGAUUCCUGGGUUGCUCUCCCUUCUCGCCGGUCUCGCUACCAACAUCGACCGACCGACUCAGCGAUCCGUCAAUCAAUCGUCUGUUCCAUCCCCAGCCAACUGGAUCGCUUCUUCCUCUCCACGUCCUCGCUUCUUUUCCCUCCCUCACUGCUUCCAGCACCUUUCCGGUACGACAUCCCCACGCCCGCCGCACUCACUCUGCUUGGUCGAACCAUCUCCAAGCCUCGACAGCGCGCUGUCAGUGGUCGCACUCGCAACCACAGAGCUACCGCCAGAAUCCACUCAUCUGGUCUAGGAAUUGAGGUAUUCCGCCCGCCUCCCUCAUCUGACCCUACCUCCUUCAUCUACACUUCCCGGCACUUAGACAUCUACUGCAUCUCUGCAUCUUGCCGAUCUCUGGUCGGCAUCUAUCAACGCAGCUAG